AUGGCGACGAGCAAACCGCCGCUGGUCUUGCCAGGCUAUGUGUGGAACGAGCAGACCCGACGCUACUACAAACAGCCGAAGAACGCGGCUGCACCCAUUCCUCGAACCGCUUCGCCUCGACAGACAUCAUCGACCACACGACACGGCAGGGUGGAAGGACAGGGCGAUGAGGGCGUAGGAGGGAAGAGGAAGAGAGCUAGAGUGGCCAGGACGGACGCCAAGGGGAAGGGGCGGGCGCGGGACGAGGACGGAUCGCCAGCAGACAGGCUGAGGGACUUGUAUCUCACCGACUGGCAGCUCGUUGGGCAGAGGCAGCGGUUACAGCACGACAUCCUUCUCUACUCCCUCUCUCGACUUUCUCCCGCCCGCACGACGUACCCUGACUGUUUGCCGAUGGACGACACGAUCCUUCAUCUUGCGUUCGACGACGUCGACCCGGCGCGGGUAAGAGUUGGGACGUCGAACGGAACAAUCGCCACAGGCAAUCUCGCACCUUCGGCUGAUGAGCUUGCGUACUUCCCGAACGACGAGGAACGUUGGCGGACAGGCUGGUUCCUGCCGAGCAAGAUUACUUCGCUGAAAUCGUCUGGCAAGUGGAUGGUAGCGACCUGUCUCGGCCCGCCAGCGCAAGCGGUCAUUGCGACAACUCAAGACUCGAUCUCCUUAGCAUCCGUCACGCUCUCGCCUCGUAAGACGUCCCUCUGGACUUCCGCCAUCUCAUCCGAUCUCGUUGCUCUGGGCGGCGACCGCUCCGUCCUCCUCACCCCCCUCUCCGCGCUCCAUUCCUCCUCCUCUACCCGCCCUUCUUCACCCAUCGACACCUACACAACAGGCGGCCGGGGCGGCGGCGGGACUGUCUUCUCGCUCGACAUACCGGAUCAGGGUGGCGGGAUGGUUUGGGCGGGAGUGAGGAGGGGAGAAUGUAUCGGGUUUGACUGGCGAAGCGCGAGAGGAGGCGGAGGGGCAGAAGCGAAGACAAGAGAGCAGACCGCGAUCAAGAUCUCUUCGCCCGUCACGCACGUCAAGGUCAUCCGCGAGCAGCCGCACCAGCUUCUCGUUGCGGGCAUGGACGGCUUCCUCGCCCUGUACGACCUCCGCAUCGUCCGCCCGCCGACUCUCGCGCGCGACAGACGCAGCACGGUCCCGAUGCUGCACGUGAAAGGCCACGUCAACUCGUUCUCGACCGAGCUGGGGAUGGACGUCUGGAAGGACGAGGUGGUGGCGAUAGCCGGCCAAGACUCUCGCAUCCGCCUCUUCUCCCUCCGAACCGGCCUCGCCCUCCCUCCCCCUCCCUCUCCUGCCACGUCCUCCUCUUCCUCCCACCCUACAAUCUCCUCCUUCGCUUCCUCCACCCCCUCCCUCUGCUCACCCUUCUCCUCCCCUCCCAAAUCACUCGCCUUCUCCACUCUCAAUCCGUACAGGCUGCGCGACGAGCGGUAUAUCGAGCUUCUACGGACAGCGACCAGUGAGGAGAGCAGGGGAGGGAGGGAAGGGAGGGGAGGGAGGUGCGGCGUACCGAGUUUGUGGGUUGCGGAUGGAGCGGGCGUGGAGUGUUUUGCGGUGCCUUGA